AUCUUGCGUGCUGUAGUGUCGUGCAUGAACGCAAUCACCGUGCAUCUGGCGUAAUUGCCUCAACCGAUCUCGGAUCUGAUUGCCCCGGGUCUUCCUCAAAGUCGACUUCGUUUAUAUCCACCGAUCUCUCAGUUGCAUAGCCUGUCUUCUUCAUUUGUUCCGAGCUAUUGGUUUCCCCUAUCUCUCUUGAGCUUUAUCAUAUCACAGGAUGCCUCAUAAAAUUCGACGUGUCGCUGUAGUUGGUGCUGGCCCAGCAGGUGCCAUUGCAACUGAUGCGCUUGUCAAGGAGGGAGCAUUCGAUACCAUCCGUGUAUUCGACCGUAGGUCUGCUGUUGGAGGAACUUGGAUUCAUACACCGCAUCUGCCGCCAGGAAUCCCCUCUUUAGAGAGACUGGUUAGUGGAGAGGCUGACGAUGAUGUCCUUAUUCCUGAGAAUCUACCCGCGGUAACACCAAUCUCUGAGGCAGUAAACAGCCACCAACACCGAUUCUCAGACACCCCGAUCCAUGAGAAUCUUCAUAGUAACAUUGCACCUGAUAUAAUGAGUUACACUCAAGAGCCCUUCCCGAAGAAACUCUCCAAGAAGACACUCGAUGAAUACGGGCCAGACUCGCCCUUUCGACAUCAUUCUGUUGUCCGUGAAUGGAUAGAGGGUAUCUUUGCACGUGGUGGUCAUGAUAAGCUGCUUGAGCUGGAAACUACAAUCGAGAGAGUCGAGAAAGAGAAUGGAGAAUGGGUUAUCACUCUUCGAAAAGUACUGAAAGGCCGAAACUACUGGUGGAGGGAGACCUUCGAUGCGGUAGUUGUGGCAUCAGGCCAUUACAACGUGCCUUGGUUUCCAGAGGUUGAAGGGCUGUUGGAGUUUGAUAGGAAGUUCCCUGGUGCGAUACAGCAUAGCAAGCACUUCCGAGAGGCGUCGAAGUACAGAGGCAAGCGAGUUAUUGUGGUUGGAGCUUCAGUCUCCUCCAUCGAAAUCAUUCAUGAGAUUCUGGGUGUCGUGGAUGGGCAAGUCUACGCCUCCAUCAGAGAUCAGCCCAUUCCAGCUUUUGGUUGGAUUCCUUUCGAACAUCCCAAAAUCUCUAUCAAGCCAGCCAUUCAACGCUUUGAUCCAGAGACUGGCCGUGUGCACUUUACCGACGGUUCAUAUCUUGACAACAUAGACCAUAUCAUCUACGGGACUGGUUAUACGUUCAGUUUCCCAUUCAUCCCCGCGGUUCAGAAGCGUGUCAAGAAUGCUUAUCGUCGACUACCUGGUCUUGGGGGAGGAUUCACAUUCCGUGCCUACGAGUGGCAAAGCGUAGCCAUCGCUCGUUUCCUUGCCGGUCGUGCGAAAGCACUGCCCUCUAUCCCGGAACAACUCGAAUGGGAGCGGCAACGUGUGAAUGAGAAGAGAGGAGGGAAGGAUUACUACUCUAUUGCGCCUGACUACGAACGCUUCUUUGAGUAUCUGAGGAACAUCGCUGGGGAGCCUGCCGCAGGGACAUCUGGACGCCAGUUGCCAGCAUUUGAUCCGCAGUGGUUGGUUAUCUGGGGUGACAUGGUGACACCGAGGUUGGAGAGCUGGAGACGAAAGAGAAAAGAGGCCGAGAAUGUGCUGAAACUGAAGUCCAAGUUGUAG